GCAGCGGCAGUUAUUUCACCGGCCCGGUUUGAUGGACUCCGGCGAAGUCCCCCACCACUUCAUCUGCCCCAUAUCGCUUCAGAUCAUGAAGGACCCCGUCACCACCGUCACCGGCAUUACCUACGACCGCGCCAGCAUCGAGCGGUGGCUUUUAGUCGACCGGAAGCCCAUCUGCCCGGUCACCCAGCAGCCGCUUCCCGACGACCAGGCGUUGCUCACCCCCAACCACACCCUCCGCCGCCUCAUCCAAUCCUGGUUCGACGCCGCCGACGAUAGAUGCCCCGACAUCCAUGACCUCGUCCGCGGUCUCUUCGUUCCCCGGCUCCAGCUCCGAUCGCUCCACCUACUCGCCGCGCUCGGGUGCGAGAAUAAUGAAUCCAUCCGCCGGCGGUUGGUCCAGUCCGGCGUCCCGCGAAUACUGAUCAAACUAAUCGCUUCGUUCCGAGUCGACGUCGAUCGAGUCGAGGUCGACCUCGCUCUGAACCUUCUUUUUCAGUCGCUCCGAGUGCCUCAGAAUGACUUGAAGCCGAUCGCCGACGGCCGUGACUGCCUUUCCAUCGUGGACUUGAUCGCGCAAGUCUUGGCCGGAGAAAACAGAGAGAUGAAAUCGACGGCGACUAUGGUCGCGAAGGCCUUGAUGGAGGCGGCAAGUGCACGACUUCUGGAGCAACUAAAAACAGAGUUUUUCCGAUCGGUGCUGGGGGUAAUUCGAGAUCGGAUCUCGCCGCAGGUGACCAAGGCGGCGCUGCAGGUCCUGCUCCGAGCCUGCGUUCGGGGGAAUAACCGGUUGAAGAUAGUGGAGGCCGGCGGGGUGAGGGAGGUGGUGGAACUGGAGCUGUCUUCUCCGGACAAGCGGACGACGGAGAUAGACCUCGGGGUUCUGAGCAGGCUCUGCUCGUGCGCGGAGGGGAGGGCGGAGCUGGUGGGGCACGCGGCGGGGAUCGGGGUGGUGGCGAAGAGGAUCCUGCAGAUAUCCGCGGCGGCGGACGAGGAGGCAGUGAGGGUGCUGGCGGCGGUGUGCUGGAGCUCGGCGACGAAGGAGGUGUUGGAGGAGAUGGUGAGCGUGGGGGCGGUGGAGAAGCUCUGCUUGGUGCUGCAGGCCGACUGCGGCAGCGCGGUGAAGGAGAAGGCGAGGUGGCUGCUGAGGUUGCAUUCACCAGUUUGGAAGGAUUCCCCUUGUCGUCCAUGCCUACGUCAUCUCAAAACAACCCUAAUUCAUUAAUUCAUUCUGUUUUUACGAAGAAGAAGAAGAAAA